AUGAGCAAGAGUUCACGUGUUCCAACUAGUCCUGCCAUCAGUGCUUUACCAGUCGUAACUAAUUACGACAUCUUGGCAAAGUACUUUGUGCCACUGACCGAUGCUAAAUUUCAGGACUAUCUCAAUGGCCGCAAGAGAUGUGCCAAACUUAUGUGCAGAUCUUCAGAGUUCAAUCAAGACAAGACAACACUGAUAGUGACUAAUAAUCCCCUUCCUGACCUGAAUUCCAGUCAAAGAAAGGACACCCCCAUGAAGUUUUUCUGCAAAGAGCACUUAAGAAGGGGGAUCGAUGCCAGGAGUCAGCUUCAUUUACCCCCGCUGAAGACACAACAGCUGACUGAAGCAGGCAUAAAUUUUGAUGAGGGAAAAGUUGGGAAAUCACUCCAGUUCAGUAGGUUUUCCACAGACAAUGAUUUCAAGACUGAAGGACAGUUUUCCAAAAGCUAUGCUGAGAGGCGAUUGCUAAAGCUAUAUCCCCAUCUCCACUUUCAAGCUUUCCCUAGACUAGCUACAGAGGAUGUGCAAUCCCUUCCAAGAAAGGAUAGCAAGCCCACAAGAGAAACAAGCUGCCAGUGGGAACCAUUAACUCUUUCCUCCCUUUUUGAGGCAAAGCCCACUGUCAAUGCACCAGGGAAAAACGGCUUCCGGUGUGGGAAAGUCUCGCAGUGGGUAGUAAACAGUUCUUUUGUAGAUAGUUCCAAAUAA